AUGGGUUAUACCCACUUACUCCAGGGGAAGUCAACGUCAUCGAAGAGUAAGUCAAAGUUAUCGAAGAGUAAGUCUAAGUCUCCGAAGAGUAAGUCAAAGUUAUCGAAGAGUAAGUCUAAGUCUCCGAAGAGUAAGUCAAAGUUAUCGAAGAGGUAGUCAAAGUCUCCGAAGAGUAAGUCUAAGUCUUUGAAGAGGAAGUCAAAUAAGUCAAAGUUAUCGAAGAGUAAGUCCAAGUCUCCGAAGAGUAAGUCAAAGUUAUCGAAGAGGUAG